GCGCGGACAACCAGGUUGGCCGCCGGCGGAAGAACAGGGGCAGAGGAGGCAGAGGGUCAGCCCACCCCGACCACCAAACCUACACUCCCGCCCCGCUCCUGCACCUCCACAGGGCCAUGGGAGCGGACCAGCCCACUCACCCCCAUUCUGCCCUCCCGUGCUGUGUCCCCCUCCCAGGUGGCGGCGGCCGCGAUCGUUACUGGGAUGGAGGCCGUCGGGUUGAGGGAUGCGCCCAUGGAAGACGCCACCGACUCCCCCUCCCAUCCCUCCCACCCCUUCCACGUCGACGACCCCCUACCGCAACCCAUGGUGAUUGGGGAGGGCCAAGGGGGCCUUCUAGGGCAGGGCAGGCAGGUCUUCGAGACCCCAGAGGAGGUGAGGGCUGGCAUUUCAGAUUUGCUGGCGAUACACCGCCCGAGCAGCUCUCCGGCUGCCCCCACCCUUCCAGUCCCACAGGACCGGACCCGGACGUAUGCGGAGGUCACCCGGUCUGUCCCUUCUUUUCUCCCCCCCGCCACUCAGCCAGGCGCGUCACUCCCGACCCCAAUGGAGACGGACCAGUCGUCUCCUCCCCUCAUCCCAGGCGAUCCUCUCGGAGCUCAGGCCGCCCACGGGGUCCCCUCUACAGCCAGUUCCGACGCCACGGCCCCGAUUGACCCCGCCGACACGGCGACAUCACCCGACCAGGUCGUGAGUUGCCCCACCUGCAGGAGCUCUCUCGCGAACCGACGCGCGCUCCAGCACCACAUUCCCUUCUGCCAUCCUGCGGACGCGGCUCGCAGGGCGCAGGCUGCCCAUGACACCGCCUCGAUCAUCCCUUCCCUCUCACAGCCCCGUGCGACCGGGAUACAGUUCACCGACGCACAGUGGCAGACGCUCGAAUCGGUGGACUGGACAGAGUACUUCUCGCCCGAGCGUAUCCACGCACGCCCUCUCCGACGUAUCCCGGAGAGGGUCCGCGGAGGAUAUCUCGACGUCCUCAGUGCGAUCCUAGUCCGCAUUGCCCAGGACCCGGAGGCUGCUGGCCCUACCUUCCUCCUCGCUGCAGCGCCGACUCUUUUCCUUGUUCCAGCGACGCCACCCGACCGCUCGCACACGGCUGCCAUUGCAACGCGCAUCUCCCGCUUUGGUCGAGCCCGGAGUUUCAGUGCUGAUCCCUUCAUCGGCCUCUUCUACGGGACGCCCUCGGAUCUCCACUACAGCCGGUUUCUGGUGGAGGGGGAUGUCCAGCUCUGGUCGUACGCCGAUGACACGUACGUGCUAGGUCCCCAACAGGGUGCUGCACCACUUUGCCGAGAUCAGACAUUCCAGCAGCUUUUAGCUUCACGGACCUGGGCUUGUCGCGAGGACGUCCGAGAGGCCGCCCUAGACCAGAUCUUCCUCCCCAUCCGUCUCGGGGGUUUUGGCAUUCGUCGCAUGGCACGCAUCGCCCCGAGCUUCGCUUCAGGAGCGAGCCGUCUUCUGGAGGCGCAGGCCUUGGAGGCCGUGCGUGCCCGUCACGCCUCUCCCUUGCACCUUGCCCGUUUGACUUCCCUUCAGGGCGGAGGUGCAGGGGCGUGGUUGACGUCGGUGCCGUACGCUGACCCACUGCGCAUCCCGGAGGCGCUGUGGCAGGCGGCUUCAUCUUCCUCGUCUCGGUCUCCCUAUCCCCCAGUUAGCCCUUGCAGCCAGUGGUGGGAGAGGGGACGCGGGCUGAGGGACCGGGGGAGCAGAGAGGCGAGGCGGGACAGGCCGGGUGGCGGGGGACAGUGGGGACAGCACCAGCUGCGGGGUCAGGUGGAGCGAGGGAUAGGUGGGCGGAGGGGACGGCAGGGGGAGCAGACGGGCCAGACGGGGAGGGGAGACGGCACAGGCAGCAGCAGGAAAGCCAGUGGAGGCCGCGGGCCCAGGGCGCCGCGCCUCCAGGUUCGGCCUCAGGGGCAGGAGCGGGAGCAGCAGAGAGCGGACGGAGGUACAGGAGGGGCAGCGGGAUUGGGAGGGGAGGGCCAGGGAGUGAGAGAGGCAGCAGGGGAUGGAGCAGGGGGGUCGGGAGGGUUGGGGGAGGGUAGAGAGGGGGAGGGGAGAGGACAGGUGGAUGGAGGAGAGGAGAGGGGGAGAGAGACGAUCGGAGAGGAGGCACCAAGGGACCAGACAGGGCAGCAGCCAGCGCAACAGCAGGGACCAGUCGGACGCACAGGCCGUGUAGGCACCGCCUCCCGCAUCCCAGACCUCACCUGCCGCGACGUUGGCCAGGGGUCUGAUGGUUCUUGUGGAUGUCUCCAUAGCGGAUCCACAGCGGGAGGGGAACGUGCAGCUGAGACGGGCGACCCCCACACAGAUUGGAUCACACCCCCUGCCCCCUCAUGCCAUCCGCUCCCCCCGCCCCUACCCUCCGCGUGCCCGCUCCUUGCCGCCUCUUUUGACCCUCACUUGCCCCCCCUCGCCGUUUCCCACCGCCCGCCAUUCGCUCCUCCCGCCCCGUGCGCUCCCCUCCUUUACCUUCUCCUCCCCCCUCCCCUCCUCUGCUGCACGCCUCUUCCUUCCCCAUCGCCGACCCACUCCACUCCCUGCCCCUCCUCAAUCCGCACCCUGCCCCUCGUAUCUCGCCCCCCUAUGCUUGGUUUCUCCCCUCCCUGCCCCUUGCCGCCUUUCCCCCGCUCCCCACCUCCCCCCUCUCCCUGCCCCCCCACUCUCCCCCCCCUUGUCCUUGGCUUCCUACCUCCCUGCCUCACCUUUCCCCCCUCCGUGUGCUCAGCUUCUCCCCUCCCUGCCCCUCCCUCCUCCCCGCCCUGCCCCUCAUUUUCCGCCCCCCCCACGCCCGGUUUCUCCCCUCCCCGCGCCUCCCUUUCUUUCCCCGUGCCUCUCCUUUGCUCCCUCCCUGCCCCCGCCUGCCCAUGCCCCUGUCUUUGGCUUCUCCCCUCCCUGCCCCACGUUUCUUCCCUCCCUGCCCCCCGUCUGCCCCUCCUUGUUUCCCCUCACCCAUUGCUUCUCUCCUCCCUGCCCUUGAUUUCCCACACCCCUGCCCUCGUUUCCUAUCAUCCAUGCCCCUCGUUUCCCCCCUUUGUACGUUCAGCCUCUUCCCUCCCUGCCCCUCCCUUCCUCCCCCCCUGCCCUUUGCUCUCCCCUCGUUACGCUCCCUUCUCCCCAUCCCUGCUGCCCUCUUACCACCAUCAGCCAUCCCACGACCAGCCCCCCUCCCACCCUUCAAUCCCCCCCUCCCUCUCUCUCUCUCUCUCUCUCUCUCUCUCUCUCUCUUUCUCACACACACACACACGCACACUCCCCUCCCCCACCCCCCCACGUACAUCCUCCCAUUCUGCCCCUCCCUGCCCCUUUCCCACCCCCUCGCACGCCCCUCACCUCCCACCUCCGUGCAACUGGUUUCCCCCCUAUGGUGCCACCCUUGCAUCGCUCGCCCCUCUGCUCACCCUCUGCCCGCCCCUUUUCCGUGCCCUCAGUUGGCCCAGCCCCUGCCCGUUGCUGCCCCUCCCCUUGCCCCCUCAACUCCCCUGCCCCCCGUACACCCCAAGUCCCAUCCAACCGCCCCCACCCUCCCCCGGCUGCCCGUUUCCGCUCUCCACCCCCGCGACCGUGUGCGGCUUCCAACCGCCCAACGGUGGUGCGCACGGGGCGUUUCUUCGCACGGGCAAGCCUCCCCGGGGGCCCCCCACCCCGCUGGGUCGUUCCCCCCGUCUCCCUGCCCUUAGUACCGCCGCGCUCUGCCCGCGCGUCACCCUCGCCCACUUCAUACCACCUCCCCCUUCUCCCCCCCCCCGGCUUCCCCCUAUCAUCACCCGCAUGUUCCCCCACUCCCCUGUCCACAACGUCCCUCCUCCACCCCCCCUCCUGCCUUCCCCACUCCCACUCUGUCCCCCACACCUCUACGAGCCGUACCUCCCCCUCCAGCCUCCCUUUUCCCCCCAGCUAUUUCCGCAUCCAGCGUGGGCUGCACCUCUGCAUCAUGCCCUGCCAGGCCCUCCGAGGACCCAACUGCCGCCACCUGACACCACGCCGCCUUUCCCACCCCCAUCCAAUCUCUACACCCCCUGCCCCUGCUCCCUGCGCAAUCCAGCCACCUACCCCAGCCUCCCUCUACCUCUCCCUAACUCCACGCUGCCGUUCCUACCCCCAGCCAGGGUCUACACCCCUUGCUUUUGCUCCCUGUGCUGUGCCGUCCCCAACCUCCGUCCGCCUUUCCGCGGCACCAGACCGCCUCUCCCUCCCCCAGCCAACCUCUGCACCCCCUGUUCCUGCCCCUUGUGCCUUCCAACACCCUACCCCAACCCCCCCCAGUCUCCCCCUUCUCCAACACCCUCCAUAUUUCCUCCCCCCCUGGGGCUCGCCCAUCCGCAGCGCCUCCUUUCGGUGCCCUCUCGGCCCUCCCACGUUCUCACCCCCCGCCCUCCAACCUUCUCAUUACCCGCUACCAGGCUCACGCCAACCCGACUACCCACUACCCUUUGCCCCUUCCUCUCUGUUCCCCACCCUUCCUCCCCCACUUGGCUCCACCUGCCCACCCCCACCUCCCGUGGAAUUCUGCCCUGCCCUCCCCACCUCUGGCCCACCACCUGUCCCCACACCCUGCUCACCCACCACUACAUCACCCCCGCCCCCCCACCUCCACUACAGCCCGCCAACACUUCCCCUCUCAACCGGCCCCCAGCCCGCCCCCCCCCUUGGGCCCCAAUCCCCUCCAACUGUGACAGCGGGGACGGCACCCAUGCAUGCCAAGUGGAGAGAUCCCCCAACUCUCUCGCUACUUCCCAUUCGCAAACCAGAUUACUUGUGAAAACACUUAAUCCUACUAGCACCCCCAAGCACAUAGAAGCGGGAGGGGGCAGAGCCAGGGGGGAACUUGCAGCUAACACUGCACGGGAAGGGGUAAGUGAAUGUGUGUGCGAAGGAGCAGCAGAGGCUGCAGAGGAUGGGGCAGCAAAGGCUGCACGGGAAGGGGCAAUGGGGGUUGUGGGGGAAGGGGCAGCAGAGGUUGCAGAGGAAAGGGCAGCAGAGGCUGCAAGGGAAGGGGCAGCAGCGGCUGCACGGGAAAGGGCGGCAGAGGCUGCACGGGAAGGGGCGGCAGGGACCGUGACUCUGGCCAGGCAAAGGGCAGAGGCCAUGGAGACAGCAAGAGAGGGUACGGCAGGGGCUAGAGUGGGAGAAGGGUCAGCAGUGGCCUCAAAGGCAGAAGGUGAGGCUGCAGCUGAAGCAGCAGGGAGGGCCAUAGCACGGCCAGUAGGGGCGGCAGGGGCCGCAGCAAACGCGGGGAAACACACAGCAGGGCCGGCAGAGACCGCAAAAGGGGCUAGCAGUAAAGCGGCAGCAGGCGGGGUGGGCUCGGGGGACAUAGGGGCAACAGGGGAAGGAGAGGUGAGUGUGGUCCCGACCGGGGUGGGCACGGAAGAGGGGGAUGUGAUAGCGAUAGAGGAGGAUGAGGGAGAGGAUGUGAUGCACAUUGACGGGCCACUGGCCCAAUACCUCACGCCUGACGGUGAGGCCGACCCGGCCCCCGUGCAGCCUCACGUCGAGGUUCCCCCUCUACCCCCCAUGCCCGUCCACAUGCUAGCAGAAGGACCGAUGGAGGGGCUGGGGGAGACCUUGAGGACAGAGCCGCACGAGGGAGCCCCCAUCCUCACCUCCCGUCCUCCAGCCCACCCACCCCCAGGAGCACCAUUUCCCCACCCCCACCCUCAGGUCCCGGUAGUAUCCAGGGGGGCAGCCAAGGCCCUGGCCUUCUUGGCGGAGCCGUGCUCCCCGACCCCCACGUUGCUCCAUGGCCAGCCCCCCUCUCCGUCCCCAACCCCUGACCCCACGGUUGCAGGCGGUCCACCGGGAGAGCACGCGGCACACCUCUGCCCCCACCCUCAGGGGCUCCUUAGAGCACCACGUGGAGCAGCCAGGGCUCUGGCCUUCCUAGAGGAGCCAUGCUCCCCGACCCCUACCAACACCCAGCCACCCCCUACCGGCCCACUACCCCCCCCUCCACCAGCCCCCCCCCCACCCGGUAGUACACACAUCUCGGAGGUUGAAGCAUCUCUGCGGCCAAAUCCCUCUCCCACACGCUACAGGCACCCAAACCACCCGAGUCGCCGCACAGCCCCAACACGCCCACCCAACAGGCUGCCCCCCUCACACCACCCCCCCCAGGCAGCCGAGACCCACCCGCAAGGGCUUGCGCCCCAGGCUCAUGGGAGCGGCGGCACCCGGGUAGAGGGGCCCACAGGAGAGGCCACCACAGAGCCCACACAAACCCCUCUCCCCCCACCGUUUGUACCUCGCUCUAACCUCCACACUGGCCCAGCCCCUCGACCCCCACCUUCAACCCCCCCUCCCGGCCGGGCGCGGACAACCGGGUUGGCCGCCGGCGGAAGAACAGGGGCAGAGGAGGCAGAGGGUCAGCCCACGUACUCCCCCCUCCCUCCCUCCCCCACCAAGAGCCCCUCCCCACCCCGCAUCCUGUUGAACCCUUACCAGGCCCUACCGCUACAGCCCGACCACCAAACCCACACUCCCGCCCCGCUCCUACACCUCCACAGGGCCAUGGGAGCGGACCAGCCCACUCUCCCCCAUUCUGCCCCUCCCUUGCUGUGUCCCCCUCCCAGGUGGCGGCGGGCCGCGAUCGCUACGGGGAUGGAGGCCGUCGGGUUGAGGGAUGCGCCCAUGGAAGACGCCACCGACUCCCCCUCCCAUCCCUCCCACCCCUUCCAUGUCGACGACCCCCUACCGCAACCCAUGGUGAUUGGGGAGGGCCAAGGGGGCCUUCUAGGGCAGGGUCCACACCCGAGCUCCGCUCAGCCAGCAAGCCCCACUCCACCCUCUACCCUGCCAGCCCUCCUACUCUCACCUACAGGCAGGCAGGUCUUCGAGACCCCAGAGGAGGUGAGGGCUGGCAUUUCAGAUUUGCUGGCGAUACACCGCCCGAGCAGCUCUCCGGCUGCCCCCACCCUCCCAGUCCCACAGGACCGGACCCGGACGUAUGCGGAGGUCACCCGGUCUGUCCCUUCUUUUAUCCCCCCUGCCACUCAGCCAGGCGCGUCACUCCCGACCCCAAUGGAGACGGACCAGGUUCAGAGGCCGUGUCACGCGCACCUAGAUGGGGUGGCGCCUCCCCCCGUUCAGCCCGUGGCGCAGGAGGUCACCAGCAGUAGGGAUGAGGCAUCCGCCCCUACCGAGACCCCUCCGCCUGGGGUAGCAGAGCCGUCACUUGAACCGCACCUCGCCGAGGGGCAGGAGCACAUCACGGCACACACUUCAGGCUCACCCCCACGUCCCCCCUCCCCAGCUUCGACACCGGUUCCGGCACGAGGCCCGGCCCUAUCCUGUGCGACACCACCUCUAUCUUCGCUGACACCCCCCAUGCACGGGGUUGGUGAGUCGUCGCCUCCCCUCAUCCCAGGCGAUCCUCUCGGAGCUCAGGCCGCCCACGGGGUCCCCUCUACAGCCAGUUCCGACGCCACGGCCCCGAUUGACCCCGCCGACACGGCGACAUCACCCGACCAGGUCGUGAGUUGCCCCACCUGCAGGAGCUCUCUCGCGAACCGACGCGCGCUCCAGCACCACUUUCCCUUCUGCCAUCCUGCGGACGCGGCUCGCAGGGCGCAGGCUGCCCAUGACACCGCCUCGAUCAUCCCUUCCCUCUCACAGCCCCGUGCGACCGGGAUACAGUUCACCGACGCACAGUGGCAGACGCUCGACUCGGUGGACAAGACAGAGUACUUCUCGCCCGAGCGUAUCCAUGCACGCCCUCUCCGACGUGUCCCGGAGAGGGUCCGCGGAGGAUAUCUCGACGUCCUCAGUGCGAUCCUAGUCCGCAUUGCCCAGGACCCGGAGGCUGCUGGCCCUACCUUCCUCCUCGCCGCAGCGCCGACUCUUUUCCUUGUUCCAGCGACGCCACCCGACCGCUCGCACACGGCUGCCAUUGCAACGCGCAUCUCCCGCUUUGGUCGAGGUGAGUGGGCUGAGCUAGUCUCAGAUGCACUAGGCCGUCGCACACCCCUUCCUCGGCGCACAGGUCACCGGUCACGCACCGCCACCGAUCCCUCUACAGCAGAUGAGCGCCGCAUCGCACGUUGCCUACGUCUGGCAGCGUGCAAUGAGACCUCACGGGCGUGCGCGGCUCUCGAGUCCGCGGAGGCAGCCCCAGAUACACAGGGGACGAUACAGCGCCUGCAGUCGAAGCACCCCAACGCGGAGAGGCCGACCCCAGCUUGGCAGUCUGGCUUCCAGGGGUCCCCUCUCGUGCUCUCGCGUCUUGCUUUGGAGCCGGUUCUGGUGGAGGGGGAUGUCCAGCUCUGGUCGUACGCCGAUGACACGUACGUGCUAGGUCCCCCAGACAGGGUGCUGCACCACUUUGCCGAGAUCGUGAGGCGCUUGGGCGAGAUGGGCCUUGCAGCCCAGCCGCACAAGUGCCUCGUCUACCAGACAGAGUCCUUUCUGUCCAGGGAUCUGGAGGCCUUCACGGGCCUAGGGAUCGAGGUCGCACGCCGAGGGCUCACCGUGACAGGCGUACCGGUAGGCACCGUUUCGUUCGUGGAGCAGAGUCUCCCGGAUCGUCUCGAGAGGAUGGGGCGGGUGCUACCUUGGCUUCCGAGGUUGCGCCAGCCCCAGACAGCUGCCCGCCUUCUGUCGGCGUGUGUCAGCACUCGUCCGCAGUACCUGUCGAGGACCGUCCCUCCUUCGCCCGCAGUGAUCUCUAGUUUUACACGGUGGGACGCACGCCUGGGAGAGACAUUUCAGCAGCUUUUAGCUUCAGGGACCUGGGCUUGUCGCGAGGACGUCCGAGAGGCCGCCCUAGACCAGAUCUUCCUCCCCAUCCGUCUCGGGGGUUUCGGCAUUCGUCGCAUGGCACGCAUUGCCCCGGUGAGUUUCGUGUGCUCCUGGGUGCAGUGUGCUCCCAUUCUCUGUUCUCUCCCUGCGUGUGGCGAGGCGUUUCGGCAGAGCUUCGCUUCAGGUGAGCCAGGGCAGAUCGACCGGGCUCUGCAGACGGCGCUAGAGGGUCUCCCACCUGACGUUCUCUCUCUCCUUCCCCCCUGGCCCUCUUGCGCUUCUGCCUCCCCCGAUUCCCUUUUUGCAGGAGCGAGCCGUCUUCUGGAGGCGCAUGCCUUGGAGGCCGUGCGUGCCCGUCACGCCUCUCCCUUGCACCUUGCCCGUUUGACUUCCCUUCAGGGCGCAGGUGCAGGGGCGUGGUUGACGUCGGUGCCGUACGCUGACCCACUGCGCAUCCCGGAGGCGCUGUGGCAGGCGGCUUCAUCUUCUCGUCUUGGUCUCCCUAUCCCCCAGUUAGCCCUUGCAGGUCAGUGCUCCUGCGGACAGGCGAUUGACGACAUGACGGUGCCUCAUCACGCGGUUCGGUGCCCGCGCUACGGGGUCGCCACUACCAUCCACGACACGGUGAAGUACAUGCUUCGAGACUUUGCGGUCGAGGCGGGCUUCGCAGUAAAGGUGGAGGACUCUACGCUGUUCACACAGUUGGAGGCGGCUCGAGCGAGACUACUGGGACAGCCAGUGGUGGGAGAGGGGACGCGGGCUGAGGGACCGGGGGAGCAGAGAGGCGAGGCGGGAUCGCCGGGUGGCGGGGGACAGUGGGGACAGCACCAGCUGCGGGGUCAGGUGGAGCGAGGGAUAGGGGGGCAGAGGGGUCCGCAGGGGGAGCAGACGGGCCAGGACGGAGAGGGGAGACGGCACAGGCAGCAGCAGGAGAGCCAGGGGAGGCCGCGGGCCCAGGGCGCCGCGCCUCCAGGUUCGGCCUCGGGGGUGGGGCAGGGGCGGGAGCAGCAGAGAGCGGACGGAGGUACAGGAGGGGCAGCGGGAUUGGGAGGGGAGGGCCAGGGAGUGAGAGAGGCAGCAGGGGAUGGAGCAGGGGGGUCGGGAGGGUUGGGGGAGGGUAGAGAGGGGGAGGGGAGAGGACAGGUGGAUGGAGGAGAGGAGAGGGGGAGAGAGACGAUUGGAGAGGAGGCACCAAGGGACCAGACAAGGCAGCAGCCAGCGCAACAGCAGGGACCAGUCGGACGCACAGGCCGUCGCGAGGGGAACGUGCAGCUGAGACGGGCGACCCCCACACAGAUUGGAGUGGCAGCAGCUAGACGGGUGCAGGAGAAGCUGAGGCACUGGGGGCCGCACUUAGAGGGGCUGCAGCCGGCACCACACUUUUACGCGUGCGUGGCGGAGACCUUUGGCCUUUUGAGUGAGCCGCUGCGUCAGUUUCUGGGGCUCUGCGCAAAGAGGAUAGCACAGCGGAGGAGGGAUAGAGGUGGGGGGGAUGACGGAUCGGCACGGAUAUUUGAGGCAGGACUCACUACACGCCUCUCCGUUGCACUGCAGCGCGCGCAGGCUCAAUGCAUGAUCCAGCAUGCGGUGCGGCAGUUAGGGGGAUCCGACGACGGGUGGAUGCCUGCACCAGUCCCACUGGUCACACCCCCUGCCCCCUCAUGCCAUCCGCUCCCCCCCGCCCCUACCCUCCGCGUGCCCGCUCCCUUGCCGCCUCUUUUGACCCUCCCUGCCCCCCCUCGCCGUUUCCCACCGCCCGCCAUUCGCUCCUCCCCGCCCGUGCGCUCCCCUCCUUUACCUUCUCCUCCCCCCUCCCCUCCUCUGCUGCACGCCUCUUCCUUCCCCUCGCCGACCCACUCCACUCCCUGCCCCUCCUCAAUCCGCACCCUGCCCCUCCUUCUCCCCUCCCUGCCCCUCCCUCCUCCCCGCCCUGCCCCUCAUUUUCCGCCCCCCCCACGCCCGGUUUCUCCCCUCCCCGCGCCUCCCUUUCUUUCUCCGUGCCUCUCCUUUGCUCCCUCCCUGCCCCCGCCUGCCCAUGCCCCUGUCUUUGGCUUCUCCCCUCCCUGCCCCACGUUUCUUCCCUCCCUGCCCCCCGUCUGCCCCUCCCUUGUUUUCCCCUCACCCAUUGCUUCUCUCCUCCCUGCCCUUGAUUUCCCACACCCCUGCCCUCGUUUCCUAUCAUCCAUGCCCCUCGUUUCCCCCCUUUGUACGUUCAGCCUCUUCCCUCCCUGCCCCUCCCUUCCUCCCCCCCUGCCCUUUGCUCUCCCCUCGUUACGCUCCCUUCUCCCCAUCCCUGCUGCCCUCUUACCACCAUCAGCCCAUCCCCACGACCAGCCCCCCUCCCACCCUUCAAUCCCCCCCUCCCUCUCUCUCUCUCUCUCUCUCUCUCUCUCUCUCUCUCUCUUUCUCACACACACACACACGCACACUCCCCUCCCCCACCCCCCCACGUACAUCCUCCCAUUCUGCCCCUCCCUGCCCCUUUCCCACCCCCUCGCACGCCCCUCACCUCCCACCUCCGUGCAACUGCCCCUGCCCGUUGCUGCCCCUCCCCUUGCCCCCUCAACUCCCCUGCCCCCCGUACACCCCAAGUCCCAUCCAACCGCCCCCACCCUCCCCCGGCUGCCCGUUUCCGCUCUCCACCCCCCGCGACCGUGUGCGGCUUCCAACCGCCCAACGGUGGUGCGCACGGGGCGAGCAGCAGAGGCUGCAGAGGAUGGGGCAGCAAAGGCUGCACAAGAAGGGGCAAUGGGGGGUGUGGGGGAAGGGGCAGCAGAGGUUGCAGAGGAAAGGGCAGCAGAGGCUGCAAGGGAAGGGGCAGCAGCGGCUGCACGGGAAAGGGCGGCAGAGGCUGCACGGGAAGGGGCGGCAGGGACCGUGACUCUGGCCAGGCAAAGGGCAGAGGCCAUGGAGACAGGGGGAGGUGCUACGGGUGCAGCGGGGAAGGGGGUAACGGGGACUGGUGUGAGGGAGAGUGCUGCCUCGGUUGUAGCAAGAGAGGGUACGGCAGGGGCUAGAGUGGGAGAAGGGACAGCAGUGGCCUCAAAGGCAGAUGGUGAGGCUGCAGCUGAAGCAGCAGGGAGGGCCAUAGCACGGCCAGUAGGGGCGGCAGGGGCCGCAGCAAAUGCGAGGAAACACACAGCAGGGCCGGCAGAGACCGCAAAAGGGGCUAGCAGUAAAGCGGCAGCAGGCGGGGUGGGCUCGGGGGACAUAGGGGCAACAGGGGAAGGAGAGGUGAGUGUGGUCCCGACCGGGGUGGGCAUGGAAGAGGGGGAUGUGAUAGCGAUAGAGGAGGAUGAGGGAGAGGAUGUGAUGCACAUUGACGGGCCACUGGCCCAAUACCUCACGCCUGACGGUGAGGCCGACCCGGCCCCCCUGCAGCCUCACGUCGAGGUUCCCCCUCUACCCCCCAUGCCCGUCCACAUGCUAGCAGAAGGACCGAUGGAGGGGCUGGGGGAGACCUUGAGGACAGAGCCACACGAGGGAGCCCCCAUCCUCACCUCCCGUCCUCCAGCCCACCCACCCCCAGGAGCACCAUUUCCCCACCCCCACCCUCAGGUCCCGGUAGUAUCCAGGGGGGCAGCCAAGGCCCUGGCCUUCUUGGCGGAGCCGUGCUCCCCGACCCCCACGUUGCUCCAUGGCCAGCCCCCCUCUCCGUCCCCAACCCCUGACCCCACGGUUGCAGGCGGCCCACCGGGAGAGCACGCGGCACACCUCUGCCCCCACCCUCAGGGGCUCCUUAGAGCACCACGUGGAGCAGCCAGGGCUCUGGCCUUCCUAGAGGAGCCAUGCUCCCCGACCCCUACCAACACCCAGCCACCCCCUACCGGCCCACUACCCCCCCCUCCACCAGGCCCCCCCCCACCCGGUAGUACACACAUCUCGGAGGUUGAAGCAUCUCUGCGGCCAAAUCCCUCUCCCACACACUACAGGCACCCAAACCACCCGAGUCGCCGCACAGCCCCAACACGCCCACCCAACAGGCUGCCCACCUCACACCACCCCCCCCAGGCAGCCGAGACCCACCCGCAAGGGCUUGCGCCCCAGGCUCAUGGGAGCGGACCAGCCCACUCUCCCCCAUUCUGCCCCUCCCUUGCUGUGUCCCCCUCCCAGGUGGCGGCGGCCGCGAUCGCUACGGGGAUGGAGGCCGUCGGGUUGAGGGAUGCGCCCAUGGAAGACGCCACCGACUCCCCCUCCCAUCCCUCCCACCCCUUCCAUGUCGACGACCCCCUACCGCAACCCAUGGUGAUUGGGGAGGGCCAAGGGGGCCUUCUAGGGCAGGGUCCACACCCGAGCUCCGCUCAGCCAGCAAGCCCCACUCCACCCUCUACCCUGCCAGCCCUCCUACUCUCACCUACAGGCAGGCAGGUUUUCGAGACCCCAGAGGAGGUGAGGGCUGGCAUUUCAGAUUUGCUGGCGAUACACCGCCCGAGCAGCUCUCCGGCUGCCCCCACCCUCCCAGUCCCACAGGACCGGACCCGGACGUAUGCGGAGGUCACCCGGUCUGUCCCUUCUUUUAUCCCCCCUGCCACUCAGCCAGGCGCGUCACUCCCGACCCCAAUGGAGACGGACCAGGUUCAGAGGCCGUGUCACGCGCACCUAGAUGGGGUGGCGCCUCCCCCCGUUCAGCCCGUGGCGCAGGAGGUCACCAGCAGUAGGGAUGAGGCAUCCGCCCCUACCGAGACCCCUCCGCCUGGGGUAGCAGAGCCGUCACUUGAACCGCACCUCGCCGAGGGGCAGGAGCACACCACGGCACACACUUCAGGCUCACCCCCACGUCCCCCCUCCCCAGCUUCGACACCGUCGUCGCCUCCCCUCAUCCCAGGCGAUCCUCUCGGAGCUCAGGCCGCCCACGGGGUCCCCUCUACAGCCAGUUCCGACGCCACGGCCCCGAUUGACCCCGCCGACACGGCGACAUCACCCGACCAGGUCGUGAGUUGCCCCACCUGCAGGAGCUCUCUCGCGAACCGACGCGCGCUCCAGCACCACUUUCCCUUCUGCCAUCCUGCGGACGCGGCUCGCAGGGCGCAGGCUGCCCAGGACACCGCCUCGAUCAUCCCUUCCCUCUCACAGCCCCGUGCGACCGGGAUACAGUUCACCGACGCACAGUGGCAGACGCUCGACUCGGUGGACUGGACAGAGUACUUCUCGCCCGAGCGUAUCCAUGCACGCCCUCUCCGACGUGUCCCGGAGAGGGUCCGCGGAGGAUAUCUCGACGUCCUCAGUGCGAUCCUAGUCCGCAUUGCCCAGGACCCGGAGGCUGCUGGCCCUACCUUCCUCCUCGCUGCAGCGCCGACUCUUUUCCUUGUUCCAGCGACGCCACCCGACCGCUCGCACACGGCUGCCACUGCAACGCGCAUCUCCCGCUUUGGUCGAGGUGAGUGGGCUGAGCUAGUCUCAGAUGCACUAGGCCGUCGCACACCCCUUCCUCGGCGCACAGGUCACCGGUCACGCACCGCCACCGAUCCCUCUACAGCAGAUGAGCGCCGCAUCGCACGUUGCCUACGUCUGGCAGCGUGCAAUGAGACCUCACGGGCGUGCGCGGCUCUCGAGUCCGCGGAGGCAGCCCCAGAUACACAGGGGACGAUACAGCGCCUGCAGUCGAAGCACCCCAACGCGGAGAGGCCGACCCCAGCUUGGCAGUCUGGCUUCCAGGGGUCCCCUCUCGUGCUCUCGCGUCUUGCUUUGGAGCCGGUUCUGGUGGAGGGGGAUGUCCAGCUCUGGUCGUACGCCGAUGACACGUACGUGCUAGGUCCCCCAGACAGGGUGCUGCACCACUUUGCCGAGAUCGUGAGGCGCUUGGGCGAGAUGGGCCUUGCAGCCCAGCCGCACAAGUGCCUCGUCUACCAGACAGAGUCCUUUCUGUCCAGGGAUCUGGAGGCCUUCACGGGCCUAGGGAUCGAGGUCGCACGCCGAGGGCUCACCGUGACAGGCGUACCGGUAGGCACCGUUUCGUUCGUGGAGCAGAGUCUCCCGGAUCGUCUCGAGAGGAUGGGGCGGGUGCUACCUUGGCUUCCGAGGUUGCGCCAGCCCCAGACAGCUGCCCGCCUUCUGUCGGCGUGUGUCAGCACUCGUCCGCAGUACCUGUCGAGGACCGUCCCUCCUUUGCCCGCAGUGAUCUCUAGUUUUACACGGUGGGACGCACGCCUGGGAGAGACAUUUCAGCAGCUUUUAGCUUCAGGGACCUGGGCUUGUCGCGAGGACGUCCGAGAGGCCGCCCUAGACCAGAUCUUCCUCCCCAUCCGUCUCGGGGGUUUCGGCAUUCGUCGCAUGGCACGCAUUGCCCCGGUGAGUUUCGUGUGCUCCUGGGUGCAGUGUGCUCCCAUUCUCUGUUCUCUCCCUGCGUGUGGCGAGGCGUUUCGGCAGAGCUUCGCUUCAGGUGAGCCAGGGCAGAUCGACCGGGCUCUGCAGACGGCGCUAGAGGGUCUCCCACCUGACGUUCUCUCUCUCCUUCCCCCCUGGCCCUCUUGCGCUUCUGCCUCCCCCGAUUCCCUUUUUGCAGGAGCGAGCCGUCUUCUGGAGGCGCAUGCCUUGGAGGCCGUGCGUGCCCGUCACGCCUCUCCCUUGCACCUUGCCCGUUUGACUUCCCUUCAGGGCGCAGGUGCAGGGGCGUGGUUGACGUCGGUGCCGUACGCUGACCCACUGCGCAUCCCGGAGGCGCUGUGGCAGGCGUCUUCAUCUUCUCGUCUUGGUCUCCCUAUCCCCCAGUUAGCCCUUGCAGGUCAGUGCUCCUGCGGACAGGCGAUUGACGACAUGACGGUGCCUCAUCACGCGGUUCGGUGCCCGCGCUACGGGGUCGCCACUACCAUCCACGACACGGUGAAGUACAUGCUUCGAGACUUUGCGGUCGAGGCGGGCUUCGCAGUAAAGGUGGAGGACUCUACGCUGUUCACACAGUUGGAGGCGGCUCGAGCGAGACUACUGGGACAGCCAGUGGUGGGAGAGGGGACGCGGGCUGAGGGACCGGGGGAGCAGAGAGGCGAGGCGGGAUCGCCGGGUGGCGGGGGACAGUGGGGACAGCACCAGCUGCGGGGUCAGGUGGAGCGAGGGAUAGGGGGGCAGAGGGGUCCGCAGGGGGAGCAGACGGGCCAGGACGGAGAGGGGAGACGGCACAGGCAGCAGCAGGAGAGCCAGGGGAGGCCGCGGGCCCAGGGCGCCGCGCCUCCAGGUUCGGCCUCGGGGGUGGGGCAGGGGCGGGAGCAGCAGAGAGCGGACGGAGGUACAGGAGGGGCAGCGGGAUUGGGAGGGGAGGGCCAGGGAGUGAGAGAGGCAGCAGGGGAUGGAGCAGGGGGGUCGGGAGGGUUGGGGGAGGGUAGAGAGGGGGAGGGGAGAGGACAGGUGGAUGGAGGAGAGGAGAGGGGGAGAGAGACGAUUGGAGAGGAGGCACCAAGGGACCAGACAAGGCAGCAGCCAGCGCAACAGCAGGGACCAGUCGGACGCACAGGCCGUGUAGGCACCGCCUCCCGCAUCCCAGACCUCACCUGCCGCGACGUUGGCCAGGGUCUGAUGGUUCUUGUGGAUGUCUCCAUAGCGGAUCCACAGCGCGAGGGGAACGUGCAGCUGAGACGGGCGACCCCCACACAGAUUGGAGUGGCAGCAGCUAGACGGGUGCAGGAGAAGCUGAGGCACUGGGGGCCGCACUUAGAGGGGCUGCAGCCGGCACCACACUUUUACGCGUGCGUGGCGGAGACCUUUGGCCUUUUGAGUGAGCCGCUGCGUCAGUUUCUGGGGCUCUGCGCAAAGAGGAUAGCACAGCGGAGGAGGGAUAGAGGUGGGGGGGAUGACGGAUCGGCACGGAUAUUUGAGGCAGGACUCACUACACGCCUCUCCGUUGCACUGCAGCGCGCGCAGGCUCAAUGCAUGAUCCAGCAUGCGGUGCGGCAGUUAGGGGGAUCCGACGACGGGUGGAUGCCCGCACCAGUCCCACUGGGUGCGGGGCAGGGUACUUGGCACCACGUCACAGGUCACACCCCCUGCCCCCUCAUGCCAUCCGCUCCCCCCGCCCCUACCCUCCGCGUGCCCGCUCCCUUGCCGCCUCUUUUGACCCUCCCUGCCCCCCCUCGCCGUUUCCCACCGCCCGCCAUUCGCUCCUCCCCGCCCGUGCGCUCCCCUCCUUUACCUUCUCCUCCCCCCUCCCCUCCUCUGCUGCACGCCUCUUCCUUCCCCUCGCCGACCCACUCCACUCCCUGCCCCUCCUCAAUCCGCACCCUGCCCCUCGUAUCUCACCCCCCUAUGCUUGGUUUCUCCCCUCCCUGCCCCUCGCCGCCUUUCCCCGCUCCCCACCUCCCCCCUCUCCCUGCCCCCCCACUCUCCCCCCCCUUGUCCUUGGCUUCCUACCUCCCUGCCUCACCUUUCCCCCCUCCGUGUGCUCAGCUUCUUACCGCCGCGCUCUGCCCGUGCGUCACCCUCGCCCACGUCAUAACACCUCCCCCUUCUCCCUCCCCCUGCUUCUCCCUAUCAUCACCCGCAUGUUCCCCCACUCCCCUGUCCACAACGUCCCUCCUCCACCCCCCCUCCUACCUUCCCCACUCCCACUCUGCCCCCCACACCUCUACGAGCCGUACCUCCCCCUCCAGCCUUCCUUUCCCCCCCAGCUACUUCCGCAUCCAGCCCACCUACCCCAGCCUCCCUCUACCUCUCCCUAACUCCACACUGCCGGUCCUACCCCCAGCCAGGGUCUACACCCCUUGCUUUUGCUCCCUGUGCUGUGCCGUCCCCAACCUCCGUCCGCCCUUCCGCGGCACCAGACCGCCUCUCCCUCCCCCAACCAACCUCUGCACCCCCUGUUCCUGCUCCUUGUGCCUUCCAACACCCUACCCCAACCCCCCCCAGUCUCCCCCUUCUCCAACACCCUCCAUAUUUCCUCCCCCCUGGGGCUCGCCCAUCCGCAGCGCCUCCUUUCGGUGCCCUCUCGGCCCUCCCACGUUCUCACCCCCCGCCUUCCAACCUUCUCAUUACCCGCUACCAGGCUCACGCCAACUCGACUACCCACUACCCUUUGCCCCUUCCUCUCUGUUCCCCACCCUUCCUUCCCCACUUGGCUCCACCUGCCCACCCCCACCUCCCGUGGAAUUCUGCCCUGCCCUCCCCACCUCUGGCCCACCACCUGUCCCCACACCCUGCUCGCCCACCACUACAUCACCCCCGCCCCCCCACCUCCACUACAGCCCGCCAACACUUCCCCUCUCAACCGGCCCCCAGCCCGCCCCCCCCUUGGGCCCCAAUCCCCUCCAACCGUCAGGCCCCCUCUACCCUCUCUUCCACCCACUGCGCACCGCUUUCCCCACCCUUUUUCCAUCUUCCCAAGCUAACCCCCCGCACCCCGGCCUCUGCCAGGGAGUUCCUUCCCCCUUUGACGCCCUCUUGAGCCAACUCCAGCAACUCACACCGCCACCGCCAGGCAUGCUGCCUCUAUUACUUGUGAAAACACUUAAUCCUACUAGCACCCCCAAGCACAUAGAAGCGGGAGGGGGCAGAGCCAGGGGGGAACUUGCAGCUAACACUGCACGGGAAGGGGUAAGUGAAUGUGUGUGCGAAGGAGCAGCAGAGGCUGCAGAGGGUGGGGCAGCAAAGGCUGCACGGGAAGGGGCAAUGGGGGUUGUGGGGGAAGGGGCAGCAGAGGUUGCAGAGGAAAGGGCAGCAGAGGCUGCAAGGGAAGGGGCAGCAGCGGCUGCACGGGAAAGGGCGGCAGAGGCUGCACGGGAAGGGGCGGCAGGGACCGUGACUCUGGCCAGGCAAAGGGCAGAGGCCAUGGAGACAGGGGGAGGUGCUACGGGUGCAGCGGGGAAGGGGGUAACGGGGACUGGUGCGAGGGAGAGUGCUGCCCCGGCUGUAGCAAGAGAGGGUACGGCAGGGGCUAGAGUGGGAGAAGGGACAACAGUGGCCUCAAAGGUAGAAGGUGAGGCUGUAGCUGGAGCAGCAGGGAGGGCCAUAGCACGGCCAGUAGGGGCGGCAGGGGCCGCAGCAAACGCGGGGAAACACACAGCAGGGCCGGCAGAGACUGCAAAAGGGGCUAGCAGUAAAGCGGCAGCAGGCGGGGUGGGCUCGGAGGACAUAGGGGCAACAGGGGAAGGAGAGGUGAGUGUGGUCCCGACCGGGGUGGGCACUGAAGAGGGGGAUGUGAUAGCGAUAGAGGAGGAUGAGGGAGAGGAUGUGAUGCACAUUGACGGGCCACUGGCCCAAUACCUCACGCCUGACGGUGAGGCCGACCCGGCCCCCCUGCAGCCUCACGUCGAGGUUCCCCCUCUACCCCCCAUGCCCGUCCCCAUGCUAGCAGAAGGACCGAUGGAGGGGCUGGGGGAGACCUUGAGGACAGAGCCGCACGAGGGAGCCCCCAUCCUCACCUCCCGUCCUCCAGCCCACCCACCCCCAAGAGCACCACUUCCCCACCCCCACCCUCAGGUCCCGGUAGUAUCCAGGGGGGCGGCCAAGGCCCUGGCCUUCUUGGCGGAGCCAUGCUCCCCGACCCCCACGUUGCUCCAUGGCCAGCCCCCCUCUCCGUCCCCAACCCCUGACCCCACGGUUGCAGGCGGUCCACCGGGAGAGCACGCGGGUGCGACAAGAGCAGAGUCACCCGAGGGCACCCCUUCUCUCACCUCUCACCCCUCCCCGCCCCUUCCCUCACUCCUUCCCUCACCCCCAAGGGCAGCACACCUCUGCCCCCACCCUCAGGGGCUCCUUAGAGCACCACGUGGAGCAGCCAGGGCUCUGGCCUUCCUAGAGGAGCCAUGCUCCCCGACUCCUACCAACACCCAGCCACCCCCUACCGGCCCACUACCCCCCCCUCCACCAGGCCCCCCCCCACCCGGUAGUACACACAUCUCGGAGGUUGAAGCAUCUCUGCGGCCAAAUCCCUCUCCCACACGCUACAGGCACCCAAACCACCCGAGUCGCCGCACAGCCCCAACACGCCCACCCAACAGGCUGCCCCCCUCACACCACCCCCCCCAGGCAGCCGAGACCCACCCACAAGGGCUUGCGCCCCAGGCUCAUGGGAGCGGCGGCACCCGGGUAGAGGGGCCCACAGGAGAGGCCACCACAGAGCCCACACAAAUCUCUCUCCCCCCACCGCUUGUACCUCGCUCUAACCUCCACACUGGCCCAGCCCCUCGACCCCCACCUCCAACCCCCCCUCCCGGCCGGGUUCCCCACGAGUGGCCCCGUUGGGCAGCCAUCACCCCCCACACACAGCCUGCCCGAUCUGUUCCCACGGAGGGGGACGUUUCGAGGAGAGAGGGGAUACACACAGAGCACCCCCCGCCUGGCGAACCACCCAUCCUCCCUCCACCCACCCCUUUGGCCCCACAGCCCCCCCUUCCUUCACAAACAGGCGCGGACAACCAGGUUGGCCGCCGGCGGAAGAACAGGGGCAGAGGAGGCAGAGGGUCAGCCCACGUACUCCCCCCUCCCUCCCUCCCCCACCAAGAGCCCCUCCCCACCCCACAUCCCGUUGAACCCUUACCAGGCCCUACCUCUACAGCCCGACCACCAAACCUACACUCCCGCCCCGCUCCUGCACCUCCACAGGGCCAUGGGAGCGGACCAGCCCACUCACCCCCAUUCUGCCCCUCUCGUGCUGUGUCCCCCUCCCAGGUGGCGGCGGCCGCGAUCGCUACUGGGAUGGAGGCCGUCGGGUUGAGGGAUGCGCCCAUGGAAGACGCCACCGACUCCCCCUCCCAUCCCUCCCACCCCUUCCAUGUCGACGACCCCCUACCGCAACCCAUGGUGAUUGGGGAGGGCCAAGGGGGCCUUCUAGGGCAGGGUCCACACCCGAGCUCCGCUCAGCCAGCAAGCCCCACCCCACCCUCUACCCUGCCAGCCCUCCUACUCUCACCUACAGGCAGGCAGGUCUUCGAGACCCCAGAGGAGGUGAGGGCUGGCAUUUCAGAUUUGCUGGCGAUACACCGCCCGAGCAGCUCUCCGGCUGCCCCCACCCUUCCAGUCCCACAGGACCGGACCCGGACGUAUGCGGAGGUCACCCGGUCUGUCCCUUCUUUUAUCCCCCCCGCCACUCAGCCAGGCGCGUCACUCCCGACCCCAAUGGAGACGGACCAGGUUCUGAGGCCGUGUCACGCGCACCUAGAUGGGGUGGCGCCUCCCCCCGUUCACCCCGUGGCGCAGGAGGUCACCAGCAGUAGGGAUGAGGCAUCCGCCCCUACCGAGACCCCUCCGCCUGGGGUAGCAGAGCCGUCACUUGAACCGCAACCCGCCGAGGGGCAGGAGCACACCACGGCACACACUUCAGGCUCACCUCCACGUCCCCCCUCCCCAGCUUCGACACCGGUACCGGUACGAGGCCCGGCCCUAUCCUGUGCGACACCACCUCUAUCUUCGCUGACACCCCCCAUGCACGGGGCUGGUGAGUCGUCUCCUCCCCUCAUCCCAGGCGAUCCUCUCGGAGCUCAGGCCGCCCACGGGGUCCCCUCUACAGCCAGUUCCGACGCCACGGCCCCGAUUGACCCCGCCGACACGGCGACAUCACCCGACCAGGUCCUACGUGACCAGAUGGCGAGGGUCUUCUUGGCGUCACAGCAGUUUGGGGUGGGGGUUACGUGCGGGACAGAGGUCGUAGUUAGAGGCAUCCGCCGUGCUUUGGCUGACCACCCAGACUGGGUGGUCCUGCAGCUAGACGUGGCGAAUGCCUUUAACUCCUUCCACCGAGACUGGAUGUUCCAGGCGUUGCAGGCCAGCCCGGAGUUUCAGUGCCUGAUCCCUUUCAUCGGCCUCUUCUACGGGACGCCCUCGGAUCUCCACUACAGGUCAGGCACGGGAGUGGUCACGAUGCACUCGGAGCGGGGCACUCGCCAGGGAGACCCUCUCAGCCCCUUCUUGUACGCUCUGACACAGCGUCUUGCUUUGGAGCCGGUUCCGGUGGAGGGGGAUGUCCAGCUCUGGUCGUACGCCGAUGACACGUACGUGCUAGGUCCCCCAGACAGGGUGCUGCACCACUUUGCCGAGAUCGUGAGGCGCUUGGGCGAGAUGGGCCUUGCAGCCCAGCCGCACAAGUGCCUCGUCUACCAGACAGAGUCCUUUCUGUCCAGGGAUCUGGAGGCCUUCACGGGCCUAGGGAUCGAGGUCGCACGCCGAGGGCUCACCGUGACAGGCGUACCGAUAGGCACCGUUUCGUUCGUGGAGCAGAGUCUCCCGGAUCGUCUCGAGAGGAUGGGGCGGGUGCUACCUUGGCUUCCGAGGUUGCGCCAGCCCCAGACAGCUGCCCGCCUUCUGUCGGCGUGUGUCAGCACUCGUCCGCAGUACCUGUCGAGGACCGUCCCUCCUUCGCCCGCAGUGAUCUCUAGUUUUACACGGUGGGACGCACGCCUGGGAGAGACAUUUCAGCAGCUUUUAGCUUCAGGGACCUGGGCUUGUCGCGAGGACGUCCGAGAGGCCGCCCUAGACCAGAUCUUCCUCCCCAUCCGUCUCGGGGGUUUUGGCAUUCGUCGCAUGGCACGCAUCGCCCCGGUGAGUUUCGUGUGCUCCUGGGUGCAGUGUGCUCCCAUUCUCUGUUCUCUCCCUGCGUGUGGCGAGGUGUUUCGGCAGAGCUUCACUUCAGGUGAGCCAGAGCAGAUCGACCGGGCUCUGCAGACGGCGCUAGAGGGUCUCCCACCCGACGUUCUCUCUCUCCUUCCCCCCUGGCCCUCUUGCGCUUCUGCCUCCCCCGAUUCCCUUUUUGCAGGAGCGAGCCGUCUUCUGGAGGCGCAUGCCUUGGAGGCCGUGCGUGCCCGUCACGCCUCUCCCUUGCACCUUGCCCGUUUGACUUCCCUUCAGGGCGCAGGUGCAGGGGCGUGGUUGACGUCGGUGCCGUACGCUGACCCACUGCGCAUCCCGGAGGCGCUGUGGCAGGCGGCUUCAUCUUCUCGUCUCGGUCUCCCUAUCCCCCAGUUAGCCCUUGCAGGUCAGUGCUCCUGCGGACAGGCGAUUGACGACAUGACGGUGCCUCAUCACGCGGUUCGGUGCCCGCGCUACGGGGUCGCCACUACCAUCCAUGACACGGUGAAGUACAUGCUUCGAGACUUUGCGGUCGAGGCGGGCUUCGCGGUAAAGGUGGAGGACUCUACGCUGUUCACACAGUUGGAGGCGGCUCGAGCGAGACUACUGGGACAGCCAGUGGUGGGAGAGGGGACGCGGGCUGAGGGACCGGGGGAGCAGAGAGGCGAGGCGGGACAGCCGGGUGGCGGGGGACAAUGGGGACAGCACCAGCUGCGGGGUCAGGUGGAGCGAGGGAUAGGUGGGCGGAGGGGACGGCAGGGGGAGCAGACGGGCCGGGACGGGGAGGGGAGACGGCACAGGCAGCAGCAGGAGAGCCAGGGGAGGCCGCGGGCCCAGGGCGCCGCGCCUCCAGGUUCGGCCUCGGAGGAGGGGCAGGGGCGGGAGCAGCAGAGAGCGGACGGAGGUACAGGAGGGGCAGCGGGAUUGGGAGGGGAGGGCCAGGGAGUGAGAGAGGCAGCAGGGGAUGGAGCAGGGGGGUCGGGAGGGUUGGGGGAGGGUAGAGAGGGGGAGGGGAGAGGACAGGUGGAUGGAGGAGAGGAGAGGGGGAGAGAGACGAUCGGAGAGGAGGCACCAAGGGACCAGACAGGGCAGCAGCCAGCGCAACAGCAGGGACCAGGCGGACGCACAGGCCGUGUAGGCACCGCCUCCCGCAUCCCAGACCUCACCUGCCGCGACGUUGGCCAGGGUCUGAUGGUUCUUGUGGAUGUCUCCAUAGCGGAUCCACAGCGGGAGGGGAACGUGCAGCUGAGACGGGCGACCCCCACACAGAUUGGAGUGGCAGCAGCUAGGCGGGUGCAGGAGAAGCUGCGGCACUGGGGGCCGCACUUAGAGGGGCUGCAGCCGGCACCACACUUUUACGCGUGCGUGGCGGAGACCUUUGGCCUUCUGAGUGAGCCGCUACGUCAGUUUCUGGGGCUCUGCGCAAAGAGGAUAGCACAGCGGAGGAGGGAUAGAGGUGGGGGGGAUGACGGAUCGGCACGGAUAUUUGAGGCAGGACUCACUACACGCCUCUCCGUUGCACUGCAGCGCGCGCAGGCUCAAUGCAUGAUCCAGCAUGCGGUGCGGCAGUUAGGGGGAUCCGACGACGGGUGGAUGCCCGCACCAGUCCCACUGGUCACACCCCCUGCCCCCUUGCGGAAACGGAACUUGCGGGGUGUUACUGAACCGCUCGUUCGACCCCGCCAUCGCGGGAAGGCUGCGGACGCGCUGCAGCCGCAUUACCGCCCCUCUCCCCUUAUCCCCCACCACGCCCCCAAGCAGGCCUUUCUCCCCCCAGCCCCCCGUCUCCCUGCCCUUAGUACCGCCGCGCUCUGCCCGCGCGUCACCCUCGCCCACUUCAUACCACCUCCCCCUUCUCCCCCCCCCGGCUUCCCCCUAUCAUCACCCGCAUGUUCCCCCACUCCCCUGUCCACAACGUCCCUCCUCCACCCCCCCUCCUGCCUUCCCCACUCCCACUCUGUCCCCCACACCUCUACGAGCCGUACCUCCCCCUCCAGCCUCCCUUUUCCCCCCCAGCUAUUUCCGCAUCCAGCGUGGGCUGCACCUCUGCAUCCUGCCCUGCCAGGCCCUCCGAGGACCCAACUGCCGCCACCUGACACCACGCCGCCUUUCCCACCCCCAUCCAAUCUCUACACCCCCUGCCCCUGCUCCCUGCGCAAUCCAGCCACCUACCCCAGCCUCCCUCUACCUCUCCCUAACUCCACACUGCCGGUCCUACCCCCAGCCAGGGUCUACACCCCUUGCUUUUGCUCCCUGUGCUGUGCCGUCCCCAACCUCCGUCCGCCCUUCCGCGGCACCAGACCGCCUCUCCCUCCCCCAACCAACCUCUGCACCCCCUGUUCCUGCCCCUUGUGCCUUUCAACACCCUACCCCAACCCCCCCCAGUCUCCCCCUUCUCCAACACCCUCCAUAUUUCCUCCCCCCUGGGGCUCGCCAAUCCGCAGCGCCUCCUUUCGGUGCCCUCUCGGCCCUCCCACGUUCUCACCCCCCGCCUUCCAACCUUCUCAUUACCCGCUACCAGGCUCACGCCAACUCGACUACCCACUACCCUUUGCCCCUUCCUCUCUGUUCCCCACCCUUCCUUCCCCACUUGGCUCCACCUGCCCACCCCCACCUCCCGUGGAAUUCUGCCCUGCCCUCCCCACCUCUGGCCCACCACCUGUCCCCACACCCUGCUCGCCCACCACUACAUCACCCCCGCCCCCCCACCACCACUACAGCCCGCCAACACUCCCCCUCUCAACCGGCCCCCAGCCCGCCCCCCCCUUGGGCCCAAUCCCCUCCAACCGUGACAGCGGGGACGGUACCCAUGCAUGCCAAGUGGAGAGAUCCCCCAACUUAUUCGCUACCUCCCAUUCGCAAACCAGAUUACUGGUGAAAACACUUAAUCCUACUAGCACCCCCAAGCACAUAGAAGCGGGAGGGGGCAGAGCCAGGGGGGAACUUGCAGCUAACACUGCACGGGAAGGGGUAAGUGAAUGUGUGUGCGAAGGAGCAGCAGAGGCUGCAGAGGAUGGGGCAGCAAAGGCUGCACGGGAAGGGGCAAUGGAGGUUGUGGGGGAAGGGGCAGCAGAGGUUGCAGAGGAAAGGGCAGCAGAGGCUGCAAGGGAAGGGGCAGCAGCGGCUGCACGGGAAAGGGCGGCAGAGGCUGCACAGGAAGGGGCGGCAGGGACCGUGACUCUGGCCAGGCAAAGGGCAGAGGCCAUGGAGACAGGGGGAGGUGCUACGGGUGCAGCGGGGAAGGGGGUAACGGGGACUGGUGCGAGGGAGAGUGCUGCCCCGGCUGUAGCAAAAGAGGGUACGGCAGGGGCUAGAGUGGGAGAAGGGACAACAGUGGCCUCAAAGGUAGAAGGUGAGGCUGUAGCUGGAGCAGCAGGGAGGGCCAUAGCACGGCCAGUAGGGGCGGCAGGGGCCGCAGCAAACGCGGGGAAACACACAGCAGGGCCGGCAGAGACUGCAAAAGGGGCUAGCAGUAAAGCGGCAGCAGGCGGGGUGGGCUCGGAGGACAUAGGGGCAACAGGGGAAGGAGAGGUGAGUGUGGUCCCGACCGGGGUGGGCACUGAAGAGGGGGAUGUGAUAGCGAUAGAGGAGGAUGAGGGAGAGGAUGUGAUGCACAUUGACGGGCCACUGGCCCAAUACCUCACGCCUGACGGUGAGGCCGACCCGGCCCCCCUGCAGCCUCACGUCGAGGUUCCCCCUCUACCCCCCAUGCCCGUCCCCAUGCUAGCAGAAGGACCGAUGGAGGGGCUGGGGGAGACCUUGAGGACAGAGCCGCACGAGGGAGCCCCAAUCCUCACCUCCCGUCCUCCAGCCCACCCACCCCCAGGAGCACGACUUCCCCACCCCCACCCUCAGGUCCCGGUAGUAUCCAGGGGGGCAGCCAAGGCCCUGGCCUUCUUGGCGGAGCCGUGCUCCCCGACCCCCACGUUGCUCCAUGGCCAGCCCCCCUCUCCGUCCCCAACCCCUGACCCCACGGUUGCAGGCGGUCCACCGGGAGAGCACGCGGCACACCUCUGCCCCCACCCUCAGGGGCUCCUUAGAGCACCACGUGGAGCAGCCAGGGCUCUGGCCUUCCUAGAGGAGCCAUGCUCCCCGACUCCUACCAACACCCAGCCACCCCCUACCGGCCCACUACCCCCCCCCUCCACCAGGCCCCCCCCCACCCGUCGCCGCACAGCCCCAACACGCCCACCCAACAGGCUGCCCCCCCCACACCACCCCCCCCAGGCAGCCGAGACCCACCCACAAGGGCUUGCGCCCCAGGCUCAUGGGAGCGGCGGCACCCGGGUAGAGGGGCCCACAGGAGAGGCCACCACAGAGCCCACACAAAUCUCUCUCCCCCCACCGCUUGUACCUCGCUCUAACCUCCACACUGGCCCAGCCCCUCGACCCCCACCUCCAACCCCCCCUCCCGGCCGGAUUCCCCACGAGUGGCCCCGUUGGGCAGCCAUCACCCCCUACACACAGCCCGCCCGAUCUGUUCCCACGGAGGGGGAUGUUUCGAGGAGAGAGGGGAUGCACUUAGAGCACCCCCCGCCUGGCGAACCACCCAUCCUCCCUCCACCCACCCCUUUGGCCCCACAGCCCCCCCUUCCUUCACAAACAGGCGCGGACAACCAGGUUGGCCGCCGGCGGAAGAAUAGGGGCAGAGGAGGCAGAGGGUCAGCCCACGUACUCCCCCCUCCCUCCCUCCCCCACCAAGAGCCCCUCCCCACCCCACAUCCCGUUGAACCCUUACCAGGCCCUACCUCUACAGCCCGACCACCAAACCUACACUCCCGCCCCGCUCCUGCACCUCCACAGGGCCAUGGGAGCGGACCAGCCCACUCACCCCCAUUCUGCCCCUCUCGUGCUGUGUCCCCCUCCCAGGUGGCGGCGGCCGCGAUCGCUACUGGGAUGGAGGCCGUCGGGUUGAGGGAUGCGCCCAUGGAAGACGCCACCGACUCCCCCUCCCAUCCCUCCCACCCCUUCCAUGUCGACGACCCCCUACCGCAACCCAUGGUGAUUGGGGAGGGCCAAGGGGGCCUUCUAGGGCAGGGUCCACACCCGAGCUCCGCUCAGCCAGCAAGCCCCACCCCACCCUCUACCCUGCCAGCCCUCCUACUCUCACCUACAGGCAGGCAGGUCUUCGAGACCCCAGAGGAGGUGAGGGCUGGCAUUUCAGAUUUGCUGGCGAUACACCGCCCGAGCAGCUCUCCGGCUGCCCCCACCCUUCCAGUCCCACAGGACCGGACCCGGACGUAUGCGGAGGUCACCCGGUCUGUCCCUUCUUUUAUCCCCCCCGCCACUCAGCCAGGCGCGUCACUCCCGACCCCAAUGGAGACGGACCAGGUUCUGAGGCCGUGUCACGCGCACCUAGAUGGGGUGGCGCCUCCCCCCGUUCACCCCGUGGCGCAGGAGGUCACCAGCAGUAGGGAUGAGGCAUCCGCCCCUACCGAGACCCCUCCGCCUGGGGUAGCAGAGCCGUCACUUGAACCGCACCCCGCCGAGGGGCAGGAGCACACCACGGCACACACUUCAGGCUCACCUCCACGUCCCCCCUCCCCAGCUUCGACACCGGUACCGGUACGAGGCCCGGCCCUAUCCUGUGCGACACCACCUCUAUCUUCGCUGACACCCCCCAUGCACGGGGCUGGUGAGUCGUCUCCUCCCCUCAUCCCAGGCGAUCCUCUCGGAGCUCAGGCCGCCCACGGGGUCCCCUCUACAGCCAGUUCCGACGCCACGGCCCCGAUUGACCCCGCCGACACGGCGACAUCACCCGACCAGGUCGUGAGUUGCCCCACCUGCAGGAGCUCUCUCGCGAACCGACGCGCGCUCCAGCACCACAUUCCCUUCUGCCAUCCUGCGGACGCGGCUCGCAGGGCGCAGGCUGCCCAGGACACCGCCUCGAUCAUCCCUUCCCUCUCACAGCCCCGUGCGACCGGGAUACAGUUCACCGACGCACAGUGGCAGACGCUCGACUCGGUGGACUGGACAGAGUACUUCUCGCCCGAGCGUAUCCAUGCACGCCCUCUCCGACGUGUCCCGGAGAGGGUCCGCGGAGGAUAUCUCGACGUCCUCAGUGCGAUCCUAGUCCGCAUUGCCCAGGACCCGGAGGCUGCUGGCCCUACCUUCCUCCUCGCUGCAGCGCCGACUCUUUUCCUUGUUCCAGCGACGCCACCCGACCGCUCGCACACGGCUGCCAUUGCAACGCGCAUCUCCCGCUUUGGUCGAGGUGAGUGGGCUGAGCUAGUCUCAGAUGCACUAGGCCGUCGCACACCCCUUCCUCGGCGCACAGGUCACCGGUCACGCACCGCCACCGAUCCCUCUACAGCAGAUGAGCGCCGCAUUGCACGUUGUCUUCGUCUGGCAGCGUGCAAUGAGACCUCACGGGCGUGCGCGGCUCUCGAGUCCGCGGAGGCAGCCCCAGAUACACAGGGGACGAUACAGCGCCUGCAGUCGAAGCACCCCAACGCGGAGAGGCCGACCCCAGCUUGGCAGUCUGGCUUCCAGGGGUCCCCUCUCGUGCUCUCGGUGGAUCACUUACGCCGCGCGAUUUUCACAGCUCCGCGGGGCUCUUCGGGAGGACCGUCCGGUUGGGUCGCUGAGCACCUGCGAGACACUUUCCUAGCUUUCCCUCAGAGUCUCCAUUUCCUCCUGGCCGUGUACCAGCAGUGGCUCCGAGGCCGUUGCGCUCCAGCUACGCGCUCCUUGCUAGCGUCUUCCACCCUUGUGGCUCUGGCGAAGUCGAACAUGGAUGUUCGGCCGAUUGCCAUCGGCGAGGUUUUGGUCCGCAUUCUUUCUCGUGCAGUCUGUCUCCAGCUACGUGACCAGAUGGCGAGGGUCUUCUUGGCGUCACAGCAGUUUGGGGUGGGGGUUACGUGCGGGACAGAGGUCGUAGUUAGAGGCGUCCGCCGUGCUUUGGCUGACCACCCAGACUGGGUGGUCCUGCAGCUAGACGUGGCGAAUGCCUUUAACUCCUUCCACCGAGACUGGAUGUUCCAGGCGUUGCAGGCCAGCCCGGAGUUUCAGUGCCUGAUCCCUUUCAUCGGCCUCUUCUACGGGACGCCCUCGGAUCUCCACUACAGGUCAGGCACGGGAGUGGUCACGAUGCACUCGGAGCGGGGCACUCGCCAGGGAGACCCUCUCAGCCCCUUCUUGUACGCUCUGACACAGCGUCUUGCUUUGGAGCCGGUUCUGGUGGAGGGGGAUGUCCAGCUCUGGUCGUACGCCGAUGACACGUACGUGCUAGGUCCCCCAGACAGGGUGCUGCACCACUUUGCCGAGAUCGUGAGGCGCUUGGGCGAGAUGGGCCUUGCAGCCCAGCCGCACAAGUGCCUCGUCUACCAGACAGAGUCCUUUCUGUCCAGGGAUCUGGAGGCCUUCACGGGCCUAGGGAUCGAGGUCGCACGCCGAGGGCUCACCGUGACAGGCGUACCGAUAGGCACCGUUUCGUUCGUGGAGCAGAGUCUCCCGGAUCGUCUCGAGAGGAUGGGGCGGGUGCUACCUUGGCUUCCGAGGUUGCGCCAGCCCCAGACAGCUGCCCGCCUUCUGUCGGCGUGUGUCAGCACUCGUCCGCAGUACCUGUCGAGGACCGUCCCUCCUUCGCCCGCAGUGAUCUCUAGUUUUACACGGUGGGACGCACGCCUGGGAGAGACAUUUCAGCAGCUUUUAGCUUCAGGGACCUGGGCUUGUCGCGAGGACGUCCGAGAGGCCGCCCUAGACCAGAUCUUCCUCCCCAUCCGUCUCGGGGGUUUUGGCAUUCGUCGCAUGGCACGCAUCGCCCCGAGCUUCACUUCAGGUGAGCCAGAGCAGAUCGACCGGGCUCUGCAGACGGCGCUAGAGGGUCUCCCACCCGACGAGCGAGCCGUCUUCUGGAGGCGCAUGCCUUGGAGGCCGUGCGUGCCCGUCACGCCUCUCCCUUGCACCUUGCCCGUUUGA